AUGGGUAAAACGACCAACGGUCCAAAACAACAAAUUAUCACUUUAUGUUCGUCUGAAUCCGUAAAUCAUACGUUACAACAAUUUUUCGAGAUCGAAGAAGUUCCAAAAGUUGAGAAAAAUAACCCAGCCGAUUUAGAGUGUGAGCAAAUUUAUCAAACAACCACAACACGACAACAAGAUGGACGAUACAUAGUGCAUCUUCCGUUCACACGAAAUCCCCCUCUACUUGGGAAAUCCAGAGACGUAGCGCUGCAUCGCUUACGAAGUUUGGAAAAUAAGUUCAAAAAAUCACCAGAACUUCAUAAAGAGUACAAUAUGGCAAUGUAUGACUACUUAGAAACAGGUCACAUGUCCGCUGUAGUGAAAAAAUCCGACGGUGAAGAAAAUAUGUAUUAUAUCCCACACCAAGCUGUAUUACGUCCGGAAAGUACUACUACUAAAUUGCGGGUCGUGUUUGAUGCGUCCGCAAAAACUUCUUCGGGUCACUCAUUGAACGACAAUCUUUAUUGCGGUCAAAGAUUACAGCAGGACUUACCGGGAAUUGUUUUACGUUUCCGACUUCAUUCUGUUGUUUUUACCGCUGACGUAAAACAAAUGUUCAGACAAAUUGUUGUGACCGAAGCUCACCGACCGUACCAACGCUUGCUUUACCGGUUCUCUUUGGAUGAACCAGUUCAAGAAUAUCAAAUGAACACGGUAACUUUUGGACAAAAGUCAUCUCCAUUUCUCGCCAUCCGCACUCUGCAUCAGUUGGCAACUGAUGAAGCAGUAAAUGAACCACUUGUACAAACAGUUGUUAAACGUGAUUUGUAUGUAGAUGACAUAGCAACCGGAGCCGAAAGCGAAGAAGCUGCAAUAGAUCUACAGAAAAAACUCGAAAACACGUUUGCAAAAGGUCACUUUGAGUUACGCAAAUGGUCAAGUAAUUCCGACAAAUUACUGAGUAACAUUCCAUUUGAUCACCAACAAACACUACCAGUGACGUUUGAAGAACAUGAGUUGACAUAUACCAAAGUCUUGGGACUAAAUUGGGAUCCGAAGGUUGAUUCACUAAGCUACAAAUAUCAACCCAAUCCGGUUAAAUACAGCAAGCGAGCUAUUUUAUCCGAGAUCGCUAGAAUCUAUGACCCUCUAGGUCUAUUGGCACCAGUAACCACGGUUCUAAAACGUUUGAUAAAAUAUCUAUGGGUCUUGAAAGUUGACUGGGAUGACAUUAUACCCGAAGAUGCUAAAUAUGCGUGGCAGCAAUAUCAUCAAGAGUUACCAAUCCUGGCAACCUUGCGUGUACCCCGAUUAGUAACCAGUCCAAACGCACUCUAUGAACUACACGGUUUCAGCGAUAGUUCGGAAGCCGCGUACGCAGCAGUAGUGUAUUUGCGGGUAUGUACAAGUGAUAGAAUAGGUUGUCAUCUCUUAAUGGGUAAGGCAAAAAUUUCUCCAACCACAAAAAUGUCCAUCCCGCGGUUAGAGCUGUGCGGUGCGUGGUUAUUAGCACACCUUUUGGAUUACGUCUCCAAAAACCUAAAAUCUUUAUCCAUUGGCACCGUAACCGCCUGGACCGAUUCCACUGUUGCGCUGGCAUGGAUUAAAUCCCCUACUAGUAGGUUAAAAACGUUUGUUGCCAACCGAGUCGCCCAGAUUCAGCUGUUGACUAAAGGGUACACGUGGCGUCACGUUCCAACCGAGGAGAACCCUGCUGAUUGCGCUUCACGGGGUCUAAGUCCUCAACAACUUACUAACCAUGACUUAUGGUGGAAAGGUCCUACAUUUUUGUGUCAACCUAAAAAUACUUGGCCAGCUCAAAACGCUGACAGUCCAGACAGCCGUUUGGAAGAAGAGGCGGAAGAGAAGCCAAUCACGCUUAUAUCUCAGGUAAAAGAAGAAGAGAGCCGCCUUUUAUAUCAAUCUGAUAAUCUGCAAAAAAUUUUGAGACUUACGGCUUACUGGUUGCGUGUUGGAGAUCAUUUAUUGGGAAAACCUUCGGCUUGUAUUUUCCCUCCGACAGUGGCCGAAACCGAGAGAUCUUUACGAUCGUUAAUACGAUGGACGCAGCGAGUAUUUUUUGCAGACAUCAAAAAAGCUAUUGCUACAGACAAACAAGUACCUGCAUCCCAUCAUCAGGAAGCGAAUACACCAAUGUAUCCCAUGUUUUCGAGUAAAACCACGACCAAACCCGCCCUUGAUGGGAAAUCUUCCAGUGUUUCGAGUUACCCAGGUCAAACCGUUCAGUCGCGCUGGUGUAGAUUUUGCCGGUCCUUUUCAAGUGAAGGCCGCAAUGUUACGGAAAAUUAA